AUGAACAGCGUGGGAGAGGCCUGCACGGACAUGAAGCGCGAGUACGACCAGUGUUUCAACCGCUGGUUCGCCGAGAAGUUCCUCAAGGGUGAAGGUUCCGGAGACCCCUGUACUGACCUCUUCAAGCGCUAUCAGCAGUGCGUGCAGAAAGCGAUAAAGGAGAAGGAGAUUCCUAUAGAAGGACUGGAGUUCAUGGGCCAUAGCAAAGAAAAAUCUGAAAGUUCUUCUUGACAUUGACACUAGCCUUCAGUAUGACCUUUUCAACUACAGAAAUCAAGACAUCUGAAAGACUGUUGCAUCUGAAGAUGCAUUGAUUUUAUAUGCUUUUUAGAGGAAGGUUCCCAUAAGUUUCUUUAUUUGCAGAAGGGUCGUGGAGACCAUUAUUUGCUUUCAGGGGUUGGAUAAUAUCUAGCUGGUGUGGCAUCUUACAUUAUCAAAUAUGGUAUAAAAGAACAUUUUUUCAGAUGACCAGAAUGUUACUUACUUGGUCUGCUGUGAUCAACUUAUAAAGCGGUUUGCAUAUAAAUACCAAUACAGGAGUCAGGAUGACUAGGCUGUCCUGAAUGCUUAAUCCAUGCUGCUAAAUAUUAGAUAAAGUUUUUUAUCUUCUUUUCCUGGAAGCACACCUUUGAUGCCCUGGGAGCAACACCAGGAUUUAAAUGGCAACCAUUUUGUUUGGAUAAAGACUGAAUAAUGGUUAAUGGUAUGGGGCUAGCCCAAAAGGGGAUUCACCUUUAAACUCUGCUUUUACAAAGAGGAUUCAGAUUGAAUAAGGAACACGAAGUUCUUAAAGGCUUCUAAGAAGCCUUUUGGAGCUCCCAGAGUUUGUUACUAAGUGCACAAAUUAAGGUGACUUCUAGUUUUCUCUAAAUCCUUCGUCAAUUAAGCUACGAAGGUACUAAAAUAAGCAAAAGUCUGAUUUUCUUGAUUGUCAGGCUGCUUUGUGAAUGGUAAUUGUGACUGAAACAAAUUGCCCUGAUGGAAAAGGCAACUCUCACAGGUUGAGCUGUAGACCAGCCUGAGUGUGUUGGGGGAAAGAGGGCUGUUUACUGGCCUCUUGAUUGCAGUAAUACUUGCAUGUUGUUAAUUGGGAUAAGGAGGUUGGUUUGCUUUAUUUGCCUUAUUUGUCCAUCAUGUUCUAUAACAUCCAAAAUCACAGAUGGAAUAAAUAACUGCUUUUUGGUUUAUAA